AUAACCGAUAGCCGGGAAAAUAUUCCUACGGAGUACAAAGUAAUGUUAGACCCGAAGGUGCUCGAGCCCGUGUCAAAAAACUUUGCAGGGGAACAAUUUUUGUUUAACCAGUUCAGCGUUCCCAUUGAGCCAUCAGUUGCUAAUCUACUAGCGGAGCUCCGUACACUACGCAUCCUUGUAUAUCUUACCUUUUUAGUAUGUUUUAUCAUAUUUCACCCUCUUUGCAACAUCUUUUCCCUAUUUCAAGGAGUUUCCUUUCCCAUCGAGUGCGUGACUUCAAGUAAUCAAAGCCCUUGGCGCGUAUGACCAAACUAGCGAGUAUUCAAAUCCUUGCCCAGGUGUUGAUUAAUACUUUAGAGGCCGGCUUACCCAUAUGAUCUAGGCACGCGAGGGAACAAUAGCCGACAGCUCUCGAAUAGGUGUCCCUUUCUGGGACGCCUUUGACAGACACCUUCUCUUCUUAAUCUAAUAAUGUGAUUCUCGCAAUGCCUUUGGUAUAUGAAAUAGUCCACUUAUAGUGAUCCCUCCACUACUUUUACCAGGUUGCUUUCGCUGUCCAUUGCUAGUGAUGACAUGGCAAUAUCCAUGCCCAGUCAAUGCCAAUCCUCCACACUUCACUACUCCGGAUGCUCAUUGAGGUAGUACUGCGAUAUCUCUUCCUCAGUCAAAGUCACUCAUUGUGGAUCCAUCGAUGCGUGAUCUGGUGGAGCUCCUGGUUCCUGACACGGGACGGAUUGCUCCGCCUAACCAGACCUAGAAUUUAACACUGCACGUCGCUAAACUUCAGUAGGAAAGUCGUCACGUUAAAUUUCUCGAAUUUUCGGGCUCAAAAUCAGAAUCAGAAUAAAAAUAAAUAGGCGGGGCUAUCAUUAAUCACACCAAUGGUGGACGCGGC